UAAGGGGGAAGAAGAGAUGGAGACUACUAGGGUUCGAGAGAAGGAUGCGGUGGCCAGAGAGGACAGCGACUUCCGACGGUGACAAGGGCUCAGGCGGCGGAUACCAGGGUUCAGUCGUUGAUGUCUUUGUGUCGAACAAGAGAGAUAAAUGGGGAAAAAGGUUUGGAUUUGUUCGUAUGGUAGGGGUGAUGAAUGAGUAUCAAAUGGAGAAGAGGCUCAAUGAGAUCUGGUUUGGUUUUUAUAAGUUACGGGUGAGGAUUGCAGAUCGUCCAUUGAAGCAGAGCCUGAGGUAUGUCAAGAAACAGAAUCAUGAAAAGGUAGUAACUGAGAAGGAGAAAGAUAUGGUUCAGGUAGAUAUUGCACCAGAGCAGAUAAUACAGCUUGAUAAGAAUGAGGAGGUUGGAUCGUGUGAUAAGAAGAAGAGGCAGAAGGGGACGGUGGGAAGUAUUGGGGAACAAACGCAAGAGGCGAUCAUUGAUUUUUCUCUGAUGGAGGAGGAGCUUCAUUGGCUGGAAGGGAGUUUGGUGGUGAUAUUGAAGUCCUUAAUGUCAACAACCAGUAUACAGGAGAGAAUUGAUGUGGAUGGAGGAUUGAUCACGAUAUCACCAUUAGGGGGCGAGCAGUGUUUGGCGUUUCCGCAGAGAAGUAGACUAGUGUGGUUACGAAUUACAGGGGUCCCGUUGAAAGCUUGGAGUGACAGGUGCUUUACAUUGAUCGAAGGCACAGUGGGUGAGGUGGUGCUGGUGCAUGAUGAUACAAAGAAUAAAUCUUUUCUGUGUGAAGGAAGGGUAUUAGUUCUAUGUACUGAUGCAAGCAAAAUAGCUAAAUCUGUACAAUUGCAAAUCGAGGGCCAGCUCUAUGAGGUAGGGGUUUUGGAGGAAGAAUGGAGAUCAGAUCCCGAUUGGUGGUUAUCGGACGGCGAUCGGCGAAGCUAUAUAGGAGCAUCAUCGGAAUAUUCCGUUUCACAAAAUGGUGAUGAAGAUCAUGAAUUUAAUAUUGACGAGAUUUGCGUCGAAGAAGAUGAUAGCAUUGAUUUGGAGCAGUUUCAGAUGGAAGGAAGUUUGAAUUCAAAUAAUAAGGAGAUAACGGGACAUGAGGAAUCUGGAGUGAAGGGCAGGAUUGCACAGAAUAUGGACGAUGGGGGGAUAGUGGACUCCAAUGGGCUAGUAAAGGGUAAAGGGUUGGUAGUUGAUAAUGGGCUGGGAGUUAGCAGUACAGAGGUGGACAAAAAUUGCAAAAGUAUAGGACCCAAUGACAAAGAUCUAGAAGAAGCAGCACGUGACAAGGUUAGUAAAGAGGUGAUGGGUAAAAGGCUGAGACACCUUGUAGAUUGUUAUCCACAAGAAGUGAAAGAAACUCGGGAAGAACACGCAAUCUGGGUGACUGGGCGGACGAAGCAGAGACGUGCGAGGAGGAGGAUUGGGGGGAACGGUGAAAAGGAGGGAGUUGGUAUGAAAAGUUCGAUUGGAGCCUCAGGAGGUUUGUUGUGUGUGUGGAGUAGGACAAUUUUUGUCAAAAUGGAGGAAUUUUCAGGGGACGGGUACUUGGGUAUAAAAGGGGUUUGGGGUGGAAACAAGGAGCCGUGUAUUUUUGUGAACGUGUAUGCUUCGACUGAUAGAAGGAGAAAGGUUGAGCUAUGGGAUGAGCUGCGACAGAGAAUUAUAGAGGAGGGUGGGAGAUGGUUGCUGGCAGGGGACUUUAAUGCUGUUCGGUGUCUUGAAGAACAAAGGGGAAGGACAGGUAUGAGUGUUGAUAUGUCGGAGUUUGAUGCUUUCAUAGAGAAUACAGGGUUGGUUGAUAUUAAGUUGGCCAACCGGAAGUUUACAUGGUAUAGACCAGAUGGUACAUCCAUGAGCAGAUUGGAUAGGGUAUUGCUGACUGUGGAGAUGAGCAGUAUGGGUUAUAGAUGUUUACAGAAACUAAAAAUGUUGAAGAAAUUCUUGAAAGGGUGGAAUAAGGACGUGUUUGGGGAUAUAGAAGCUAAAUUUCAAGCUAUUGCUGAUAAGGUUGCUUGGAUUGAUAUGAAGAAUGAAGAGGCUGUUUUAGAAGUGGAAGAGUUGGCUGAAAGACAGGAAGGAUUUCAUGAAAUGUGGGAUAUUAUGAAGAAGAGGGAAAGUAUAUGGAAGCAGAAAUCAAGAUGUAGCUGGGCCAAAUUGGGGGAUGCUAAUAUGAGGUUCUUCCACAAAGUUGCAAAUGGUAGAAAGGUUUAUAAUAACAUUAAUGGCUUCUCGUGUGAAGGCAAGUGGGUGGAGGAGCCAGAGGAGGUGAAGAAAGAGGUUUUCAGGUACUUUAGUACGAUGUUUGAAGGAGAGUCAUGGCAACGUCCCAAGCCUGUUGGAAUCAAUUUUAAACAAAUCUCGGAAGAGAUGAAAGACGGGUUAGAAAGGCCAUUUUCUGAAGAAGAGAUUGAGGAAGGUUUGAAGAGCUGUGAGGGAACUAAAGCACCAGGGCCGGAUGGAUACAAUUUUAGUUUUCUCAAACUUGGAUGGAACUGUUUGAAGGAAGAUUUUAUAAGUUUUUUUGCGAAAUUUCACCAGAAUGGCAGGAUGGGCUUUGGAAUGAAAUGGCGUGGAUGGAUUAGAGAAUGUCUUUCAAUAGCAAGGAUUUCGGUAUUAGUGAAUGGAAGUCCCACGGAGGAGUUUGUAAUGGGAAAAGGUUUAAGGCAAGGUGACCCGUUAUCACCGUUUCUGUUUCUGAUAGUUGUUGAGGGGUUAACUGGAUUAGUUAGGAGAGUAGAAACUGAAGGAAUGUUACGUGGCAUAACAGUGGGUAAUAAGGGGUUAACUGUGUCUUUGCUUCAAUUUGCGGAUGAUACGGUGAUUUUGGGUAAUGCGGACAGUGAGAAUAUAUUUGCGGUUAAGACCAUUUUAAGAUGUUUCGAGUUGAUGUCUGGAUUACGGAUUAAUUUUUGCAAGAGUAGUGUGGUCGGGUUUAAUGUGUCAGAAAGGUGGAUUAAAGGGGUAGCAAGCGUCUUACAUUGUGGUGUUGGGGAAACUUCCUUCAUGUACUUGGGGAUGCCGGUUGGUGGGAAGAUAAGGUGUAAGAAGAUGUGGGAACCUGUUCUGAAAAAAUUUCGAGCCAAGCUUGCCAUUUGGAAGUCUAAUUCGCCGUCCUUUGGUGGCCGCAUCACUCUACUCAACUCGGCUUUAUUAGGGAAAUGGUGGUUCAGAUUAGGCGAUGGAGUGGAGGGUUUGUGGAAGAAGGUGGUGCGGGAGAAAUAUUAUGGGGGCAGGGAAGAAGUAGACAUUAAGGCAUUGGAGAGUGUGAGGGUGUCUAGGAUUUGGGGAGAUAUUCUCAGUAUAGGACAACGAUCUGUAAGAUUACAAGAUUUGUUGGUCAAGGGGUUCAAAUGGGUGGUAGGGGAUGGGUAUCGAGUGGGGUUCUGGAGGUCGAUUUGGGUGGGGGAGAAAUCUUUAAGGGAAUUGUGUCCUCGACUGUUUGAGUUGGCCGUCAAUAAAGAGGGAUUAGUUAGUGAGCUGGGGGGGUGGGAGGAGGGUAGUUGGAGAUGGAAUAUAAUUUGGAGGAGAGGGAGGUUUGGAAGAGAGAAGGAUGAGGAAUUGAUGUUGCGGGAGGUGUUGAGUAGAAUCGGUAUCAAGGUAGGGGUUGAAGAUCGUUGGCAGUGGAGGCAUGCUUCAGAUGGGAAGUAUGUGGUGAAACAAGCUUAUGAGUUUUUAGAAUUGACGGAUGCUAUUCUUAAUGACUGGUUGUGUAUUGUUUUGGUGGGUAUUGAGGUGGUGUUGCCGCCUUUAUUGGAGGAGGUAGCAGAAUUUUUCUUGUAUGGGUUGGUGUUCAAGGGAGAUGUGGCUCUUAAGGAGGGGUUGUUGGAUAUGAUACAGGAAAAGACGUUUUUCUGGGUUAAGAAUAAAGUGCAGGGAUGUGUAUUUUCUGUUUGGGAUUGGAAGUUAAAUCCACAUGAGUGCGCUGCAGCUAUGAGAAAUCAUAAGAGGAGGCAGAAGGAGUUCCAUCAGCAUCAACAAGGACGGGUAUAGAUGUAGAAGUAGCAAGAUGUUUUCUUUACUAUUAUUUUGUUUCCAUUGGUUAUAAUUUAAUUUUGUAAUUGGGUUAGAGUACCCCUUGUACUCUGCAUAAUAAAGUUGAAUUCAAGGU